AUGUCGAAUUUGUCAAAGCUUGAGUUUGUGGCACUUGACAUUUCUGGAAAGAAUUACCUAUCACGGGUUCUCGAUGCUGAGAUUCACUUAGCCGCUAAAGGCCUUGGUAACACCAUUACUCAGGUGAAAGAUCCACUUGAAUUGUGGACUGGCCUGAAGGAAAGGUAUGAUCACCUUAAGGCUACGGUAUUGCCAAGGGCUCGAUAUGAGUGGCUGCACCUACGGUUGCAAGAUUUUAAGACCAUAAGUGAGUAUAACUCUGCUGUAUUUCGAACAACUUCCCAAUUGAAAUUAUAUGGGGAUGUUAUGAAUGAUGAGGAUUUGUUGGAAAAGACUCUUACGACUUUUCAUGCAUCAAAUAUAGUAUUACAGCAGCAAUACCGUGAAAGGGGUUUUAAAAAGUAUUCUGAAUUGAUCUCAUGCCUUCUGGUGGCUGAGCAACAUAAUACCCCUUUGCUGAAAAAUCAUGAAGCCCGUACCACAGGGUCAGCUCCGCUUCCUAAAGCAAAUAUGGCUGCUAGACGUGAUAAGUCUGAAAAAAGACAUAAUAAUAAUCAUGGCCAUAUGAAUAUAUGUGGGCAUGACAAUGGUAAGAGACGAUAUAAUAGUCGUCAUCGUGGUGGUCAUGGCAAAGAGAACAAUAUGGGUUCUCAAAAUAAUCCUUUAAGAGGCAAAAACGGUAACUGCUACCGCUGUGGCAUGAAAGGUCAUUGA